AUGAAUCGAUGUUAUUCGAAGCCACUUGAAGCGAAACCAAUUCACCAAGAUACUGAGCCCGUGCUCAACGACCGCCUGGGCAAGAAGGUCCGAGUGAUGUGCAACGAGGACAACACCACCGGAGACCUCAAGAAGCUGGUUGUUGCACAUACCAGCACACGCGCCGAGAAGAUCCCGAUCCAGAAGUGGUGCACCAUCUACAACAACCACAUCACCCUCAAGGACUACGAGGUCCACGACGGCAUGGGCCUCGAGCUCUACUACAACUAG